GAAGUCAAGAACAUACUCGCUGUGCCUGGUGUGUGAGCAAGACUGCAGCAAGACCAUUUACUGAGUGAUUCACACUGCAGUGUGUUGAUAGAUUCUAAAUUCAACCCCUGAAGACAAGGUGCACCUCCAAAGAUGCAGCUGAGCCUGGUUCUAGCCGCACUUCUCUGUCUCACCACAUGGCUGAACUGUGUCCAAGCAACAACUGGACCUGUGCAGAACUGUCCAUGUGUCAGCUGGUCCAAGUCCAGAGUCCAUCCUGACAGAAUCGUGAGUUACAUUAAUCAGACGGAGGCCGUUUGUUCCAUCAGUGCAGUAAAGUUUCUGACAAUUCGUGGAAUCACAUUUUGCGCCGACCCCAACAGCAACUGGGCCAAACAAGUAAUCAAGAAGGUGAAUGCAAAGACACGAGUAGCUUCCACAGCAUCUACAAAUACACCCCCUCAAAAGAAGCAGGACUGGAUAGUGACCACAAAGGGGGAAAAGAUACAGGAUGAUGAAGGGUCAGCAAGUGACAUGACACCAGCAGCUUCCACAGCGUCUACAAAUACAACCCCUCAAAUUAAAACUGGACUGAACAGAGAUUACAGUAGAAAAUGUUGCUUCUAAAUAUAUCUCAGCAAUUCUUUAUUAUAAAUUUUUUUACGUAUGCUACAAAAUAUCUGCCAUAUUCACGAUUUUUAAUUGUGAAUAAAUGACUUUUCAGCAAAUAUUGAGUUUUUAUUUUAAAAAAGAGAAACUAAAAUAUGAACCAUGCAAAUACUCUGACAAAUGCAAUGUGCUGCUUUCUUAGCUUUGCUUCUCAGUAGCUCUCACUGUGUUCACACACAAAUGCAGUAAAGAAAUGUCCAGGAAGGAAACCAGCCUCCACACACAACAGAUAACAGUGACAGUGAUCAUUAUGUAGAUAAAUGCAUAUGUUUAAAUACAGAUAUUAUAUGCAGUGAGUGACUAAGCCCUUUGACACAUACUGAUUCUUGGGCUGCCUCUUCCCAACCUCAGACGGCAAACGGCCGUUUAUCUUGAGAUUUCCCUGUCCAAUUAUCGUAUGAUCUGUCAUGUGUUAUGAGCCAAUUUGUCCCGAUAAUCCACUCCCAAACGGGUUGUAGCCGACAAUUGAACAAACAUUGAACAUGUUUAAUAUUUCAGUGCCGAUUUCUGAGGAACACCGAUGACUCAAUACAUUAAGACUGCACAGGUGGUGACGUGGCACGGAUCGUAGCCACCAGAGAGCGAGCUG